ACGACAUCCACCCGGCCUGACUCUUACCUGAGACGACACCUCCGGGGGGGGCUUCUAUCACAAUAUCCACCAGUUGUGCGCGCCCGUCCAGAGAAAGAAGACAGCAGGAAGGGCAGAAGAAAAAAGAGAAAAGGCGAGCGAGCGAGCGAGCUUCGGUUUCGACUGAAAACAAGCCCUCUUCCUCCUACCUACCUCCCUCUCUGUACCCUCGCUUUCUCUGUCUUUACCUACCGACCAACCCACCUAUCAUGUCCAUAGACCUCCCGUCUGAUCGCCAAAAUGACUGAAGAGGCUGCGAAUGGUGCCCUUCAGCAAGCCAUCGACUUGCCCUCGGCCCGGGCUGCCCUCUUCUCCUCUUCCACCAAGACGCGCAUAGCCCGCUUGCGAGCGAUCGACGAGAAGUUGAAGGACAAGACAAUCGAUCCGUCCGUCGUGCCAGCCUUAUUGCGGUUGCUCUUUGAUACACACUCCUUAUAUGAUGAUCGCCCUUCCAGGAAGGCUACCGAGACCUGCCUUGUUGCCGUUCUCGAGACCACUACCGACGCGAAGGUCCUGGCGCCCUUCGUUUCCGCUCUACGAUCCGAGUCCCAGAAGCCCGGUAUAGCCGCCAAGAGUGCAUUCGUCUUGGUUGAGUGGUGCUCCGUUCUUCUGGGGGAGCUUGCCGGCUCUCCCCUGUGGGACCAAUUCGGGUUGGAAGUUAUCCAGGCCAACGCUGCCGCCCUCGAGAAAUGUCUCCAGUCGGCUAGGCCGAGCGUCGCGCAGUCAGCCUUAGUCGUCACUCGUCGUGGCUUGCGCGCCGCCUUCUGGCGUAAUGAGUUCCGAGAGAAGCUCAUUCAGGACGCCGUACAAACCUUGACAGCUAAGGGGGCCCAGCCGACAGCUAAGAAUGCUGCCAUGUUAGGGGUAAUUGCCGGCGUGUGCUCUCGCCACUCCCGGGCCAAGGACGUCUUAGCUGCGAGAGCACCUGACUACUUCGCCUUCUUCACUCGCGAGCUUGUGGGCUCUCGUACACCCAUCCCCACCCACAUCGCUACUGGUCUUGAGGAUUUCUUCUCUGACUUCUUGUCGCCGGAGCAGCUUGCGACGGACGUCGUACCACCGAUGGAGAAGGGCUUAUUGCGUGCCCCGGAAGUGGUCUUGGAUCUGGUUGCCUCGCUUCUCCGCCUCCUCCCCGAUGGCCUAGAUCUUUCUCUGAUACUCCGUGGGCACCUCCUAAAGCCCCUGAUAUCGAAUGCCAAAUCUAGCAAUCCGGCUACCCGAGAGAGCGUGUUGGCUGUCUUCAGGAUAGCUGUUACUCGAAGCCGCGACGCUAAGAUCGUGGAGCAAGUCGUUGACGAAGUGCUUAACCCGCUCAAGUCCGGAAAGUUAGCUUCCGCAGACCAACGCGUGCUCCAUUCGGAAAUGUUAGAACACGUCCCGUUAUCCGCCCCGACAGCGACGAAGAUUGCUAAUGGUCUCCCUCCUGUCGCUGCGAAAGAAGGAAACGAGGGGGCCCUUGCCGCGGAGAUCUCUGCGCUUAGUCGGGCGGUCUCUUAUCUCUUGAACGAUGAUACUGAUUUGCCCAAACCUGUCAUCGAUGCAUUCGCCAAAGGUCUAGCAGACAAGAAGACACCCUCACGUAGGCUAUGGACGCUCCACAUCGGGGACGUGCUUAUCCCCUUUGCGAAAGAAGCCGGCCCGGUCCCGGCAAAUGCCGCCAAACUAGCGGAGGCGAUAGCCGGUCCUAUCACGGACACCUGGGCCGAAAUUAACAAAAACCCCUCGGUGGCAGCUCAGAACGGGCUAAUCAUAGGCGCCUACGUCCUCUCUACGGUGUCCAUACAAGUGUUUUCGAAGAUCGAUAGCGCUAGCCUUAAGGCUGUGCUCAAGAAGAUAGCGGUUGCGAAAGAGUGUCUUGUGGCCGACCCCAAGCCCUCGUUCCUCCUUAAUCAUCGAAUCUACAGCCGAAUUUCUACGGAGGAUGAGGCGAGGUGGUUUCUCAGGGCACUUGUAGCCGUUUACGAUGAAGUAUCGAAAGCUCCGGUGAAUGUCCAAAUAGUUUGGUUCCAGGCUCUGAUUUACCUUGUGUCUUCUACCAGCGUUCCCGUUCAGAUCCGCAAGGAAACUUGCGAGAAUAUUUCAAAACUCUAUGUCCGAAAUCCUGCGUUCGUUUCUAGGGUUUCCGUGGAUGCUCUAUGGCGAUGGAUCGAAUCCUCACAAAUAGAGGAUAAGGACAGCAUAGCGGCAAGUGCAAAAUUUGACAAUACGAAUCUCCAUCUUGUCCUUCGCUCCAUCUGUCUUACUAGUGACGAGUUCGAGGCGCUGGGCGCACGGAGGAAUCAAGAGCUCCUCGCUACCCAGCUGUGCUCGUUCCUGGUCAUCGCUCGGGAUGACUUGAUAACAAGAGCGAGCUGGAUAGACCUAUGCCUGAGAGUCGGCCUCGAUCCUGGAAGUCUGGCCAAAGAGCACGAAGAAGAGUUAAUACAGCACAUAACAGAAAAGACAAGUUUCGACCAGAAGUUGAACACGAUUAGGGUUGCCGCUUACAACGCGGCAGCAGACCUUGCUUUCGUAGCACCAGACACCAUAACACCGAGGAUUGUGAAGUUAAUUCGGGCAGACCUAGCAGCAGAGGAGCUCAAGGACGUUGGCCCGGUCGAAGCCGCAAUAUUUCGAACACCGGAAGGCACAGCUUUCAUAGACGUCCUCACAAAGAAACAGACAUUACCCGACAAGAACACCAAAGACUACGACACUUUGAAGUGGGAGGAGGAGUUGAGGAACCAGUUGGCGCAGAAGAAGGGGCAGCAGAGAAAGCUAACCGCCGACGAGCAGGCCAAGGUCAAUGCUCAAUUAAAAAAGGAAUCCGUCAUUCGAAGAUCCAUCCAGCAGCUAGAGUCACGGCUGAUGCGUGGUUUUGGCAUCAUCAGAAGCCUCGUUCAUAGCCCAACGACCGAGCCGAACCUAUGGAUUGGGCCCUCCAUUAGUGCCCUAUUAAGUGCUUUGGAGGCUGGCGCAAGUUCCAUUACUGGCGAUGCUGGCCCUGCGGCUUACCUCGCGUGCUCCGAUCUCGUAACGCCCCGGUUAGGAGCUAUCCGGCCCUUUAUCGGCGUCGCAACGCUGCGUGCUCUUGGUGUCACUGCUAUCCCCGAAAACUUGACCCAAGAGGGCUUAGAAGAACUUGUGACGAGGGUUCUCUACCGUCUUCGCUUCGCCGGAGAGCAGAGGCCAUUCGAUGCUGUUUCCGUCAUAUACAUGUUGUCUCUGAUAUUUGUGAUACUGCGGACGGGAGGCAUCGGAGCCGGCGCUGACGAACGCGACGCUCAACUGGUCUUGGCCAUAGAGUUCCUCGCCUCCCACACCCAUAUCUGCGCCGAUGAAAGUAUCCCUCGCGCCGACUUACUGUCCGCCUUGAUCAACUCGAUGCAACAGUACAACCAGCAUUACAAGAUCAUCAAGGAUUGCUUCUCUGAUAUGGUUCGAUGUGUCGCACCGAACAUAAACCACGACGAGAUAGCUGUACUCGCAAAGGGCGUGAUUGUCUCGCAGGUCUCCGUCCGCGAGACCGUGCUGCAAUCGAUCAGCGCCGAUGUGGACAUGAGCGAUCUGAAUUUCUCCGAGGAAGUCUGGAUCGGCUGCCACGAUGAAAGUGGCGAGAAUUCUGACGUAGCCCGCGAGAUUUGGGAUGAGAGCGGGUUCGAGCUCUCCCGAGACGUGCCCUUCAAGAUGAUUCCGUAUCUCGAAAGCAAAGAUGCCCAGCUCAGGAGAGCUGCCGCGCGAUCCCUCGCUGAAGCGUGCAGAGCUCACCCUCAGGCUAUCGAGGACGUGCUAGUGAGACUCAAGUCCGCAUAUGUCGAGUUUUCCAAGCCUCGAGUUCCCCAGCUGGACGAAUUCGGCAUGCCUAAGAAGACCGACUUGUCGGAUCUUUGGGAGGCCCGGCACGGUUUUGCAGCCGCCUUCAGAGAGCUCGCCGCCUAUCUACAGAAGUCGCAGAUCGACGAGUUUUUCAACUUCCUCAUUGAAGAAGGCCCUCUAGGGGACCAAAAUGCCGUAGUGCGUAGCGAGAUGCUCGACGCAGGGAUUGUGGCCGUUGACCUUCACGGUAAAGAAUUCUUAGACAAACUUAUGGAGACGUUUGAGCGCACACUGGGUGCCCCUGAUAAGGGUUCGGAGGCCGCGGAUCGUGUUAACGAAGCGGUCAUCGUCAUAUAUGGUGCCCUGGCUAGGCAUCUCAAGCCCGGCGAUACAAAGAUUCCAAUUGUCUUAGAAAGACUGCUAGCUACUCUAAGCACGCCGUCCGAAGCGGUCCAAUACGCUGUGGCAGAAUGCUUACCGCCGUUGGUGCGGACUUGCGCUGACAAAUCGUCUAAAUACUUUGACCAGCUUCUCGACACACUCUUAAAUUCCAAAAGAUAUGCCGAGAAACGCGGUGCCGCGUACGGGUUGGCUGGUUUCGUCCAAGGUAGAGGAAUAUCGGUGUUGAGAGAGUAUCGCAUCCUCAUCACACUCAAGAGCGCGACCGAAAACAGGAAGGAGUCUCAACAGCGAGAGGGCGCAUUUCUCGCAUUUGAGCUCCUAGCUUCGCUCCUCGGCCGUCUAUUCGAGCCCUAUGUCAUCCAGAUCGUACCCCAGCUCUUGACUGGUUUUGGCGACAGUAGCGCCGACGUGAGAGACGCAUGCCUGGCGGCCGCCAAAGCAUGCUUCGCGAAGCUGAGUUCUUACGGUGUUAAACAGAUCUUGCCGACGCUCCUUAACGGCCUGGACGAUGACCAGUGGCGUAGCAAACGUGGUGCCUGCGAUCUCCUCGGCGCCAUGGCGUACUUGGACCCCCAGCAACUCGCACAAAGCUUGCCCGACAUCAUACCGCCGCUUACCGGCGUAUUAAACGACAGCCAUAAAGAGGUGCGCGCCGCGGCUAACAAGAGCUUGAAACGCUUCGGAGAGGUUAUCGAAAACCCCGAGGUUAAGAACCUGGUUGAUAUUCUGCUCAAGGCCCUUAGCGAUCCGACCAAGUACACCGACGAUGCUCUGGACGCACUCAUCAAGGUGCAGUUCGUACACUAUCUGGACGCGCCGUCGUUGGCCCUUGUUACCAGGAUCCUUCAGCGCGGCUUGGGAGACAGAUCGAAUACCAAGCGCAAGGCAUCCCAGGUGAUUGGAAGUCUCGCCCAUCUAACCGAGCGGAAAGACCUAAUAGCACACUUACCUGUGCUUGUAUCGGGCCUGAAAGUCGCGGCCGUGGAUCCGGUUCCGACGACCCGAGCAACUGCGUCACGCGCGCUGGGCUCGUUGGUCGAGAAGCUUGGCGAAGACGCUCUCCCCGAUCUCAUCCCGGGGCUCAUGCAGACUCUCAAAUCAGAUACCGGUGCUGGGGACCGUCUCGGUUCCGCUCAGGCUCUCAGCGAGGUCCUCGCCGGCCUGGGCACCACGAGGUUGGAGGAGACCUUACCAACGAUAUUACAAAACGUGGAAUCGGCAAAGCCUGCUGUCAGAGAGGGAUUCAUGUCGCUAUUCAUCUUCUUGCCGGUCUGCUUCGGUAACAGCUUUGCUAACUACCUAGGCAAGAUCAUCCCACCUAUCCUUGCUGGCCUCGCGGAUGAUAUCGAGUCCAUUCGCGAAACGGCUUUGCGAGCGGGCCGGUUGCUGGUCAAGAAUUUCGCAGCAAGGGCCGUGGACCUCCUACUACCCGAACUAGAACGAGGUUUAGCAGACGACAGCUACAGGAUCCGGUUGAGUUCCGUUGAGCUGGUGGGCGACCUCCUCUUCAACUUAACUGGUAUCAGCGGAAAGGCGGAGGAGGAAGAUGAAGAAGAGAACGCAAAGGAAGCAGGCGCGUCACUGCGCGAAGUGCUUGGCGAAGAGAAACGCAACAAGAUCCUCUCCGCUCUAUACAUUUGCCGUUGCGAUACUGCCAGUGCCGUCCGCGCGGCCGCUGUGGGUGUAUGGAAAGCUUUGGUUGCCACGCCGAGAACCUUGAAGGAGCUCACGCCCACUCUUACACAGCUAAUCAUCCGCCGCCUGGGAAGUUCUAAUAUGGAACACAAGGUGAUCGCUAGUAACGCGUUAGGAGAACUCAUACGAAAGGCCGGCGAUGGCGUCCUAUCAAGCCUGCUCCCCACACUUGAUGAAGGUCUCCAUACUUCAACCGACACGGAUGCCAGGCAAGGGAUCUGCCUAGCGUUGAAGGAACUCAUAGCGUCAGCGUCCGAAGAAGCUCUGGAAGAUCACGAGAAGACCCUGAUCUCCGUGGUGAGAACAGCCCUCACGGAUUCCGACGAAGAUGUCAGAGAGGCCGCUGCCGAAGCGUUCGAUUCGUUACAGCAGAUCGUCGGCAAGCGUGCCAUCGACCAGGUGCUUCCAUACCUCCUUAACCUUCUACGCUCCGAGGAUGACGCAGAUAAUGCGCUAUCCGCCCUGUUAACACUUCUCACGGAGACAACUCGGUCCAAUAUCAUUCUGCCAAACCUCAUCCCAACUUUGAUAACACCUCCGAUUUCUGCCUUUAAUGCCAAGGCGUUGGCAUCUCUGUCUCGAGUGGCGGGCACUGCUAUGAACCGUCGCCUGCCCAACAUUAUCAAUUCUCUCAUGGAUAACAUCGUCAAUUCCAAAGAUGAGGAACUCCGUACUGACUUGGAAGGCUCCUUCGAUAUUGUCAUACAAUCGAUCGACGAGUACGACGGACUCAACACCGCCAUGAAUGUCCUGCUGCAGCUAGUCAAGAACGACGACCACCGGAAGCGUGCCGUGACGGCUUCUCGACUUGCUAAUUUCUUCUCAAAUUCCACCGUGGAUUACUCACGUUACAACCAGGAUAUCAUCCGUGCUCUGUUGAUUUCCUUCGACGAUGGGGACAGAGACGUCGUCAAGGCGGCGUGGGCAGCGCUGAGCGAAUUCACCAAGAAACUUAAGAAGGAGGAGAUGGAGGCUCUUGUGCCGUCGACCAGGCAGACGUUGUUGCAGGUGGGCGUUGCGGGCUCGGAUCUACCAGGCUUCGAGCUACCCAAAGGUAUCAAUGCUAUCUUACCUAUCUUCCUACAAGGCCUCAUGAACGGGGCGUCGGAGCAGAGAACCAGCGCUGCGCUUGCCAUAUCCGAUAUUGUGGACAGAACUAGCGAGGCCUCCCUCAAACCUUUCGUCACGCAGAUUACGGGUCCUCUUAUUCGUGUGGUAUCCGAGCGAUCUACAGAUGUGAAAGCGGCAAUUCUCCUAACACUAAACAAUCUACUCGAAAAGAUGCCGACGGCACUCAAGCCCUUCCUGCCGCAGCUCCAGCGGACAUUUGCGAGGGCGCUGGCGGAUACCGGUAGCGACCUGUUACGGUCGCGUGCUGCCAAGGCGUUGGGCACUCUGAUCAAGUUUACGCCGCGUGUGGAUCCGUUGAUAGCGGAGCUCGUCACCGGCUCGAAGACAACGGACCAAGGCGUCAAGACGGCCAUGCUAAAGGCGCUAUACGAGGUUAUAAGUAAGGCUGGCGCUAACAUGAGUGAGGCCUCGCGGACGGCAGUCCUAAGCUUGAUUGAUAUGGACACGGAUAAUACGACUGACUCCGCGAUGACCGUGACCAAUGCCAAACUCCUCGGCGCGCUCAUUAAGAACGUACCUGCCGAUAUAGCUAAUGGCCUGUUGAAGAAUCGCGUGGCAACGGCUCACUUCAGCAACGCUUCAGUACUCGCACUAAAUGCAGUCCUCGUCGAGUCGCCGCAAACGCUUCUGGAGAGUCCCCUGGCCGAGGAGCUUCCCGCUUUGCUGUGCCAGGGGAUGUCGAACAAAAAUCUCUUCGUGGCGGACAACACUAUUUUAGCAACAGGCAAGUAUCUCCUGACAGACUCGCCAAAGUCUUUUGAAUCGACCAAACCGAUCUUCUCUAGCCUCGCGACAAUAAUUGGACCGGGAAACCCGUCGGACUCCCGCCGGCUAGCUCUAGUGAUCGUGCGCACCGUCUCGCGCAACAACCUCGAGAUGGUUCGCCCCCAUCUCCCGCUGCUGGCGCCGCCCGUGUUCGCCUCGGUGCGUGACCCGGUCAUCCCUGUGAAGCUAGCGGCCGAGGCGGCGUUCAUAGAAUUGUUCAGCGUUGUCGACGAGGAGUCGAAGGUGUUCGAUAAGUAUAUCGGCGGCGCCGGGGCCGAUCUCCCGGCCAACACCAAGCGGAGCAUACAAGACUAUUUUAAGAGGGUGGCUAUCAGACUCGGCAACCAGGCUCGGGAGAGGAGAGAGGCCGAAGGCGGGCAAGGCGGAUUAGGCUUGAGCGACGACGAGGUUGAAGACGAAAAGGAGAUAUGGAGCGUCGGUUCGGUGGAGAUCGGGGACGGUGUCUUCUCUCAAGAUUAGGCCGGCCGGCGUCGCCCCAUCGCGAUAAGGGGUAGAAGUAAAGGGAGGGCCGGGGGGCGUGUAUGUAGGUGUGUUUCACGAACAUAGUCGCAUCAUGAUGGAGAGCUUCACAUGCCGGGGUAGAUAACCCGUUUUUGUUACGCUUUUGUCUCCUGUACGGGUGAGUGAAGGAAUACACGGCCCCUACGCGAUCGGUUUAGAUCCCAUUGCUUAAAAAGGGGUCGCGUUAGCAGGUGACCGAUCUAUUAUUGAUUUACUACACCAUCUUGAGCGAGAUAGGCAUACUGAGCUAUCCUCUUGGUUGCGGCACUGCGUAGUAAAUCUCUUACGGGGACGGCUCAAGGGGGCUUAAUACCAAGAAGGCGGCAAAAAUAUCUUUAGGACUCGGGACAGAUCGAACGAAAUGUAUAUGCCUGUUACCUAGGUGCCUACAUCGUCGUACCUCAGGCACAUGAUGUCUCGUGUUCAUAUCAGCUGGGGAGCUAGGGGCGAAGGUAGGUAACGGGGGUAGAUUUACCAGCAAGCUUGGAAUGGAUUAUGGAGUUUAUGAAUUUAGCGAGUGACGUUGGCAUUAAAGAGUUUUAUUUGUUUUUUGGCUUUCCAAGCCCAAACCUGGACAGUGCCAUCUCGGUCACGUGAUGGGCCGGAUUGCCCUCUCGCU